UGGGAUCUUGUGUGUCAAAAAAGCAUCAUGAAGACAUUGGUCCUUGCUCUCCUUGUGCUGUUGUUACUGGCCGCUGUAGACAGUCAGGAAGCUGACGUGACAUUUUGGACCUGUGGUCAGAGAGGAUACUGCCGCAGAUUCUGCUAUGCACACGAGUACGCUAUGGGUUACCAUGGCUGUCCUCGCAGAUUCAGAUGCUGUGUAUUACGGUAUUAGCACUCACAACCUAAAGAGCUGGUACCUGCAAGACAACACACCAUAUGGAGAUGGGUCUUUCUUCACAGAAGCUCUAUAGUAACUAAAACAUUAGCUGUGUCUGCAUGAUAUCUGCUUAUAAUGGGAAUAUGCUGUAUAUACACAGUGAGGGUCAAGUGGUCACACUUAUGGUAUCUAACACAGGUUUGGCUGAAUAUAAAUGAAGAGAUGCUAGGAAGAAUUCAAAAUGAUUGGCUUGACAAGAAAUCAUAACUUGGCUGGGUUAACUUGCUGCUGUGCGUUUCUACAGAGCCUUCCUUGCCAUUACUGGCAGUGGUUAUUAAACUAUGAAUGGUUUCAUAGACACACAGACCCUAAUCAAGGUUAUACAAUUCCACUAAAUAUCCUUUAUGAUAAGAAAUCUGGAGAACUGUGCUUUUUUUUUAACAGGAGAACUCCAGUGUCAUGAUUUCAGAGUCUAA